UUCGAUUCAAAGUCCCUUCCAAUCGCUCAACUUGAACUCUUAAAAUUCAAGGCUAACCAAAUUAUUGAGUCUAUCCAGACACUCCAGCGUACAAUCGAGGUUGGCGGACAAAACGCCAUGCCCGCUUGGCCAGACAUCCUCUCUAAAUACAAUGUCAUUCUCUCCCAAACACAUAGUUUCUCCCAAUCCCUAUCGUCGCCUCAGGCGCAGUCCCAAAUAAGCCAGGCGCAAGCUCGGCUCGGCUCCGGCAUGUACGAGAACAUCGCUCUCCAUCCUAGCAUCGGAAUGACGGAUCAUCAGCUCGACAAUGACCUCAUCCCUCUCUUGCGCAAUCAGCAGACGACAGAUGUAUUAAAUAUGGAAACCGCUACUGUUCGGCGUCUGGCAGAGUGUAUGGCCACCCGUGGUGUCAUUGCCACGAAUAGCGUUCAGACCGACCAUUCCCCUACCACCAGUGGUCGGGUGACACAUGAGGAUGUGCUGCAUGAAUGUGAAGAGAUACGGGGUGCGCAUGAUCAUCGUGUGGAGCGCGCUGUC